UCAAGAAACAGAAAGUUCACUUGAAAUUACAUCGGAUGUUAUUUCUUCAAAAGAGUUUGGAAAAGAUAUUGUUAAAAUUCCUUUUUUCUGUGAAGUUGAUAUUGAUAAGGCAUACCAAGAAGCCUGGAAUGAAAUAAUCAAAGAUGAUAAAAGUAAACCAAAAUAUAAAAUUCAAGAUUAUUCUUCAAAAGCAUUUGCACCAUGGAAUAUAAUAUU